UAAGAAGGAUUUUUAUUACUGUUCGUAUUCAUUGGUCGUGGAGCUUGAAGGAAUCGUCAAUGUCGCCGCCAAUCCUUUCUUUAGCUCUGCCGUCGGAAACGGGUCGCGUUCUCAGCAUUCAGUCUCAUACAGUUCAGGGAUACGUUGGCAACAAAUCAGCUGUGUUUCCUCUGCAAUUACUGGGCUACGAUGUGGAUCCAAUCAACUCAGUGCAGUUCUCUAACCAUACAGGAUACCCUACGUUUAAAGGACAAGUGCUGAAUGGGCAAGAACUGUGGGAUCUAAUUGAAGGCCUUGAAGCUAAUGAUCUGUUGUUCUACACUCAUUUAUUGACAGGUUAUAUUGGUUCUGUUUCUUUUCUGGAGACUGUAUUGCAAGUUGUUAAUAAACUGCGCUCGGUCAACCCGAAACUUAUGUAUGUCUGUGAUCCAGUGAUGGGUGACGAAGGAAAGCUUUACAUUCCUCAAGAGCUGGUUUCUGUUUAUCGAGAGAGGGUUGUUCCUGUGGCUUCGAUGUUGACUCCUAACCAAUUUGAAGCAGAACUAUUGACAGGAUUCAGGAUUACUUCUGAAAGAGAUGGCUUGGAAGCUUGUAACAUUCUUCAUGCUGCUGGACCUUCAAAGGUUGUGAUAACAAGUGUACAUAUUGGUGAAAGUUUACUCCUCAUUGGAAGUCAUAAAAAAUCGGAGGGUCAACCUCUCGAGCAAUUCAAGAUUGUGAUAGCCAAAAUUCCUGCAUAUUUUACGGGCACAGGAGAUCUAAUGACUGCACUAUUACUGGGAUGGAGCAAUAAAUAUCCAGACAACCUUGAUAGAGCGUCAGAGCUUGCAGUAUCUAGCUUGCAGGCCCUGUUGCGAAGGACAAUAAAUGAUUAUAAAAGUGCAGGAUUCGAUCCUCAAUCAAGCAGUUUAGAGAUCAGAUUAAUUCAAAGCCAGGAAGACAUUCGCAAUCCACAAGUUAAUUACAAGGCAGAGAAAUAUACUUGAGAG